AUGGACAGUGUUCCGUCAAUGUCUAAUGUGUGGCUAUACAUGCCACAACGGAAUUCCGUUCUUCGCCUCAUACAACUCACUAACGAAGUGCAUCCGUUUGUCACUUUUACGGGGGCAGAAUUCGUUCUCAUCGGAUACUUGGCCGACUACACUCACAUCUACCCCAUCUAUUGUGACAAAUUGUCCCCGGCGGGGGGAUAUGCACCAUAUCCACAAUUUAUUCGCGACAACGGUGAGAGCUUCGCCUCCCCAGACAGUUCGCUUAUUCAAUUGCGAAAUCAGUUGGAGAGCGGUGCCUACGUUCGAUCAAUCAAUUCUACCUGUUGCAGACCAGGUGUCAGAGGCUUAGCGCUUCCUUCGUGGUUGCUUCCAGAGUUGAACGCAUCGGUACAAUUCCAUCAUGCUCCGUUUCCAUUCGGAUAUCCACCUCCCGAGCAUCUCGUUGUCCCUGAUUCGUGUGCUGUGGAGACAGCCUCCUUUAGCGCAUCUAUGCCAUUUUCAUCGGGACAUCCACCCCUCAAGCACUUCGGUCUCGCUGAUCCGGUCCUUCAACAUGCUGCUGAAAUGCCUGUCAUUGGCACGUCUGCGCCAUGUUUGGAUUACACUGAUCUUGCAUACAGUGACUUCAACUUCUACGACCACUCCACUGGCUAUUCUGCAAGCGCCGUUGACGAGUAUCUCAUUCCAGAGGACACAAAUGAAACACAACUCGAGCUAGCCUUCGGUGAGCAGCAACACACCAUGUAUCCCAGCCUGGAAUGGAGAGACUCCACCAAUACCGGCGUGGACAAGAACAACCGCUCACAAAUACUUCGUUACAUGAGGAGGACGCCCUGGAAUCGAAUAAUCACGCUAACAAGGUGCUUGCUCAUAGGCGGGUUGUGGACCGGAGCUUCCGGAAACCCAUUUCGGAUUUCUGCGACAAGCAUGCGACGUCUGAUAACGAUUUGUUUUCUCACUAGUUUAAACAUGACUCACAAGACCUACGAGGACAUGGAGUCCCACCCAGUGAUCGCGAGGAUUUCAGAGACCGAAACCGUGUCUGCUGGAUGGCCUGUGCUUCGCUUAAGUCUGGUUAAGUCGUUCUCCAGUGCCAAAUCGGACCUAGGAAAAAUCCUGAAAGGUGCGAUGUCAGCGCACCCCGACUUUGCCGGUACCAAGACGAUCGAGAAGGCUAUCUCCUUCGUUCUGGCUCUUAACUCGGGCCAAUCCUCUCAGAUCCAGCAAGCAAUUUCGGACCUCAUAAGUCACCAGGUUUACCAUAUUCUACUUCUCAUGGUGAAGGAUGAAUUAAAGAAGAGGAAGAUCAUGAGCGAAGCCGAGGUCGGAAACGAAGCUGAGGCCGAGGUCGAGGUGAACAUCGAUAUCGACGCCAGCGCUAAUAUCCUGGAACCAGCGCCGAUGAAUGCCAUUAUCAUGGCGGCUCUAGACCAUAUGUACGAGCACCCACACAUGUAUCCAACGUUCUCGGAGGCCGUGAGGAGUCUCCCCUUCAUAACGAGUUCUAAUGUUCUUCAGAUCGCUGCAAAGUCGCGACUUGCGAAAAGCACUAUCUCUGACACUACUGGUGACAGGCGAAUGGUCCUGGAAGACGUUCGGCCUAUCGUUGUUCAGCCAAUCCCCUCUGAUCAGUUUGGCGCGCUUCCCAAUAGCAACGGCUUUAGUUCCCCGAAGUCUCUGAGAGUCGCGUGGGACUUGCCCAUGUCAUCAUUCUCGCGCAAGUAA